AGCUGUUCCCACUCCGCACCGAGCGUCGACUGGAAGAAAAGGCUGGAACUGCCACUGGCGUGUGCGCCGGGCUCGUUCUUGAACUCUAGUGGUUUCCCAGGUUUCUACCAGCCGUCCUGGGACAGCGGACCUACCAUGUGGGCCGUGGUGUUGUUGGUCACCCUGUGCUUGGGAGGAGAGAGAGCGCUGGGCGCGAGGGACCGCAUCUCCAUGGGCAGGGACUACGCCGAGCAGGAGGACCCCAGGUUCUGGAAGAUCAUCGGCGGGCAGGAGGCGACGUACGGCGAGUUCCCUUUCAUGCUGGCGCUGGAGUACGAAGGACACUCCAUGUGCGGAGCUUCAGCCAUCGGUGACUACUGGGCCCUGACUGCGGCACACUGCGUCCACAUGAUGGAUGCGGAGUCCAUGAAGCUGAGGGCUGGCUCCCUGAAGAGGAUGGAGGGCGGCACUCUGCACCAGGUCGUGCGGGCCAUCGCGCACCACCACUACCAGACCGACAACACCAUGGGCAACGACAUAGCUCUGCUCCAGGUGUCGCAAGAGCUCACCAGCAACAAGUACGUGAAGUUGGUAUCCCUGCCGAGCCACACCAACAUGCCGCUGCCUCCCGGCACCUGGCUCACCGUCUGUGGCUGGGGCGCCACCGGCUCCAUCUUCGACCACGGACUGCCGCCCACGCUGCAGAGGACCGACGUGCUCGUGCUGAGCAAGCAGACGUGCCAGGACGACCCCACGCUGUCCGGACACAUGGUCAUCACUGACGACAUGAUCUGCGCCCAGGAGGAGGGCCACACCGCCUACAAGGGCGACUCGGGCGGCCCGCUGUUCCUGCGCUCGGAGGACGGCGACAUCCAGGUGGGCGUGGUCUCCUGGGGCGACUUCACGGGCCAGCAGCACCACCCCACCAUCUUCUCCCGCGUGUCCAGCCACCGCCACUGGAUCCGCAUGAAGUCCGGGAUAUGAGCCCCUCUUGAGCUGCACUUGAGUUCCCCUCUCCCGCCCGCCUUACCGCUGGAGCUGCGUCACUCUACCCUGGGCUCCGCAGCCGCGCCGCUCUACCCUGGGCUCCGCAGCCGCGCCGCUCUACCCUGGGCUCCGCAGCCGCGCCGCUCUACCCUGGGCUCCGCAGCCGCGCCGCUCUACCCUGGGCUCCGCAGCCGCGCCGCUCUACCCUGGGCUCCGCAGCCGCGCCGCUCUACCCUGGGCUCCGCAGCCGCGCCGCUCUACCCUGGGCUCCGCAGCCGCGCCGCUCUACCCUGGGCUCCGCAGCCGCGCCGCUCUACCCUGGGCUCCGCAGCCGCGCCGCUCUACCCUGGGCUCCGCAGCCGCGCCGCUCUACCCUGGGCUCCGCAGCCGCGCCGCUCUACCCUGGGCUCCGCAGCUGCGCCGCUCUACCCUGGGCUCCGCAGCCGCGCCGCUCUACCCUGGGCUCCGCAGCCGCGCCGCUCUACCCUGGGCUCCGCAGCCGCGCCGCUCUACCCUGGGCUCCGCAGCCGCGCCGCUCUACCCUGGGCUCCGCAGCCGCGCCGCUCUACCCUGGGCUCCGCAGCCGCGCCGCUCUACCCUGGGCUCCGCAGCCGCGCCGCUCUACCCUGGGCUCCGCAGCCGCGCCGCUCUACCCUGGGCUCCGCAGCUGCGCCGCUCUACCCUGGGCUCCGCAGCCGCGCCGCUCUACCCUGGGCUCCGCAGCCGCGCCGCUCUACCCUGGGCUCCGCAGCCGCGCCGCUCUACCCUGGGCUCCGCAGCUGCGCCGCUCUACCCUGGGCUCCGCAGCCGCGCCGCUCUACCCUGGGCUCCGCAGCCGCGCCGCUCUACCCUGGGCUCCGCAGCCGCGCCGCUCUACCCUGGGCUCCGCAGCCGCGCCGCUCUACCCUGGGCUCCGCAGCCGCGCCGCUCUACCCUGGGCUCCGCAGCCGCGCCGCUCUACCCUGGGCUCCGCAGCCGCGCCGCUCUACCCUGGGCUCCGCAGCCGCGCCGCUCUACCCUGGGCUCCGCAGCUGCGCCGCUCUACCCUGGGCUCCGCAGCCGCGCCGCUCUACCCUGGGCUCCGCAGCUGCGCCGCUCUACCCUGGGCUCCGCAGCCGCGCCGCUCUACCCUGGGCUCCGCAGCCGCGCCGCUCUACCCUGGGCUCCGCAGCUGCGCCGCUCUACCCUGGGCUCCGCAGCCGCGCCGCUCUACCCUGGGCUCCGCAGCUGCGCCGCUCUACCCUGGGCUCCGCAGCCGCGCCGCUCUACCCUGGGCUCCGCAGCCGCGCCGCUCUACCCUGGGCUCCGCAGCCGCGCCGCUCUACCCUGGGCUCCGCAGCCGCGCCGCUCUACCCUGGGCUCCGCAGCCGCGCCGCUCUACCCUGGGCUCCGCAGCCGCGCCGCUCUACCCUGGGCUCCGCAGCCGCGCCGCUCUACCCUGGGCUCCGCAGCCGCGCCGCUCUACCCUGGGCUCCGCAGCCGCGCCGCUCUACCCUGGGCUCCGCAGCCGCGUCACUCUACCCUGGGCUCCGCAGCUGCGCCACUCUGCCCUGGGUUGCGACGCAGUCCGAUUGCUGGCUCUGUCUGAGAUCGUGUGUCAUUCAAACCAACCCUCCUCACGUCCCGGUGACUUGAUUCUUGUGAAUAAUAACUGGCCCGGGUUCCAUUCACCAGGUACGCUUGUGUUUUACGUCAAGUCGCUACCUAUCUGUAGUUUUUCGUUCAGAUCAUGGGAAAAGAUUUUUGGAAAUGAUAUUGUAUUACAAAAAAUUUGAUCACUAAAUUAAUAUUUUGAUAAAACACAAUUUUAAAAUAAAUAUGAAAAUAAUUUUAUAAUUAACUUACUUUACAUUGUUUAAAUGUGGCAAACAUGUUUAACUCAAGUGCAUAGGUUUAAAGUUUAUAGUUAAUUCUUGUAUGUACUCUAACAACGGGGGAAAAAUUUUUACUCUUAAAUUUACUUUGUGUUUAUUAUUUGUCUCAUUGGAAAUAAAGGUAAUUUCUCGUGCGCAA